AUGGCCGAUCCACCACCGGCGGAAGAAACAAACUUCAUCGGGGAGUUCGAUGCUCUUGCCGUUCAACCUCUUGACCGUACUUUUAACGCCCUACACAUGACGGCAACAUACCAAGAAAAUGUUGAAGAUUUCCCUAUAGAAUUUCAGAAUGUCAAUUUCAAGACUGAUGAUAUAAUUCUUUAUGAAUCAUUCAAUGAUAUCUUUCCAAACCCGACCAAUGAUGAUGCAUUUCAAAACCCUAGUUGUCUGCCAGACUUUCUCGGGUCAGAGUUGGGCUUGGACUCGAGUCAAAUGAACCCGCAUAGCUUUUGUCAACCUGAGAGUCAACUGAUGGGGAUUCCUGAUGAUGCUUCUAGACCAUUCAAUUCGACCUCAGAAUAUUGUCUCGGGAAAGCUCCGGUUUCGAACAAAUUGGAACAUUUUCCCCUAAAUUUAGGAAAUAAUUCAGUAAAAGGCGGAGUUGACGAAAAGAGGAUGGAUAGAAAAAUUAGGAACAAGGUAAGUGCUCACUUAUCAAGGCAAAGAAAAAAGCAUUAUGUUAAGGAGUUAGAGAAUAAAUUCAGAAUAUUUCAUUCAACAAUUCAACAUUUGAAUGCAAAUUUAUCUUAUGCAAUGGCAGAAAAUAUAACUCUAAAAGCACAACUUGGAGGUAAUGGUGUACCUACUCAAGUGCCGCCACCCCUAGGGAUUAAUCCCUAUCCUCCUCCAUGGAUGUCAUAUACACCAUACUAUAUGAUGAACCGACAAGGAUAUCAAGUGCCACUGGUUCCCAUUCCAAAGUUGAAAUCACAGGCACUAGCACCCGCGCCAAAAAGUAACAAGGAAGUUGAGAAAAAGAAGAGUGGGGUUAAAACAAAGAAAGUUGUCAGUGUUAGCUUCCUUGGUGUGUUGUUCUUCAUCUUGCUCUUUGGUGGAUUGGUUCCUUUAUUGAAAGGCAGAUAUGGAGAUAUGAGGGAACCAUUCAUGAGUGGAGAGUCUUUUGUGAGCGGAUUUUAUGAAAAACAUCAUGAAAGAGUUUUGACUAUUGACGAGCCUGUGAAUGGGACUGGUUAUUCUGGGAAAUAUGAUGGAAAAAAUCAUAGCUCACAUUGUGGCCAGAGAGGUCAGGGUGAAAGCAAUAAGCAAAAUACCAAUAAGGCUGGAGAUGAGUUUGUUCAUGUGGGAAAUGGUAGUGAUCCUUUGGUAGCCUCUCUGUAUGUCCCAAGGAAUGAUAAACUUGUUGAGAUUGAUGGGAGCUUGAUAAUUCAGUCUAUAUUGGCAAGUGAGAAAGCCAUGGCAUUUCAUGGAAGUGCUGAAAAGAAAAAUAAAGAGGCAGGCCUUGCAGUUCCUGGUGAUAUAGCCCCUACUAUCCCAGCAGUCCAUCCUCGCCUUUAUCGAAGUCCUGAAGUGGGACAAAGAACUCUUGGAUCUGAUGAGAACGAGAAUGUAAAGUCAACUAUACUGCGGUGGUACCUUGAAGGUGUUGCCGGACCUUUGUUGAGUUCAGGCAUGUGUACAGAAGUGUUCCAGUUUGACGCAUCAUCUUCUGCUCGAGAAGCCAUAGUUCCUGUUACCAAUGUUCGAGAUACAUCUAUGGAAGAAAGGCAUAACGACACACGUCUUCACAGAAAUAGAAGGAUCCUCAAUGGUCCUCCAGUUUCCCUUUCUAGACCCUCUCACAACAUUUCUGAAGAACAAACUGGAACAAAUGGAAAGCAAGAGAAUCCCAACAGGAACAAGUCACUUUCUUCCUUGGUAGUGUCUGUUCUGGUUGAUGGUGAUGGUGAUGGAAUCAUGCGUCCAAAGUCCGUCUCUCGAAUAUUCGUUCUUGUGCUUAUUGAUAGUGUCAAAUAUGUCACCAAUUCUUGCAUGCUUCCAUUUAUUGAUAGUGCUCAUGUAGCAAGAGCAUCAUCAAAAAAACAAUUUUGUAGAUACCAUAAGAUCUACUAAUAGUCCUCAUUAACUUAUGGAGGUGAUGGUUG